GGUUUAUGGAUUAGGUAUGUCGCCUCUCUGCAGAAGGAAGCUCCGGCUGCCGAUCGCGCGGUUGCGGCCCCUGGAUUUCAUCUUCAAGGCGGACAGGGACGAUUCUGAUGGCGGCAUUUCUCUUGCUCCGGCCGGCGCGAGGACGCAUAUGGGCCACGCGCAUCAUCAUCACCACAAGGGCGCGGCUGUGGGCGAUGCCAGAAGCAAAGCAGGGGAGCACAUUGCUCGAAUUGGCCUGUUAGCUGAUUCCUCCCUCGCAGUGCUCAAGGGCUCCGCUGGAUAUCUCUCUGGAAGCACUGCGCUUGUGGCCGAUGCCGCGCAUUCCUUCUCGGACAUUGUUCUCAGCGCUGUGGCGCUACUGUCCAUAAAAGCUGGAAGAAUUCCCAGAGACAAGGAGCAUCCUUACGGUCAUGGAAAAUUUGAGACGCUUGGUGCGCUGGGAAUCUCUGGGAUGCUUCUUCUCACCGGUUGUGGCAUUGCUUGGCAUGCAGUCGAAGUGAUACAGUCUGUUCUGUCCACUGCUGAUAUGACCACCGGUUUGGACUUUUUGAGCAAGAAUUCUUCCGAUCACCAUGAGGACGAUCACGGUUCCUCUGGCCAUCACCACCACGGACUGGACUCGGAGCACUUGCAACUGGCUUUGAGUGCUGCUGUGACGUCAAUCGGUGUGAAAGAAGGACUCUACUGGGCAACUAAAAGAGUUGGCGAGACUCAAGGGAGUCAACUUCUAAAAGCCAAUGCUUGGCACCACCGAAGUGACGCGAUCUCGUCCAUUGUUGCUCUCAUAGGAGUCGGUGGAACUAUGAUUGGAGUACCAUGGCUGGAUCCUGCUGCCGGGAUAGUUGUCUCCGGUAUGAUCGUGAAAGCUGGAAUCGGAACUGGAUAUCACAGUCUCCAGGAACUAGUGGAUAAAGGAGUUUCAGAGUCAGUUCUGGCACCCAUUCGAGAAAGCGUGUUGCAAGUCGAGGGCGUCCAGAACUGCCAUGAUCUAAGAGGGCGACGUGCCGGUUCUUAUGUCUACAUUGAUGCUCACAUUGAGGUAGACCCUUGGCUAAGUGUCAGUGCAGCACACAACAUUGGUGAAGCCGUGCGGCGUCGUAUCCACGAGUAUCAUCCGGAGGUCGCAGAGAGUUACGUCCACAUUGAUCCUGCAAAAGACUGGAAAGUGGAUGAAGCUGAAGAUGAAGAAGCUGCCUCGGCUCAAGAAACGUCGACGGUAGCAGAGAGCGAUGCAAAUGAUAAAUGCUCACGUUUGCAGCCAUCUGUGGAGAAAGACAUACGUAAUGUCUUGUCAUCCAAGUUUCAGGAUGUGACCCUCAAACAUGUUACUUGCCAUUUUCUCAAAGGGAGAGUGGUGGCACAGGUGGAAGUCUCCAUGACACCCGAUAUGCUCAUCAGGGAUGCUGUCCAGAGAGCCAAAGACAUCGAGCACGAGAUCGUGUCUCAAGUUCCGGACGUGUCAACAGUGAAAAUGCAACUGACGCUUAAAGACUGAAUAAGCAUGCAUCUCUAUUUUGUUGAUCAAAACUUGUGUUUCUAGAUAGUGGAAUUUGCGAGGAAAGGCUGUAUGGAUCCUUACAA